CUCUCACAGUGGCAAACCUGCUCCAUUCUUUUUCCAAAGCCAACAGGGAAGUUCUUUGCUUCUUUACUGCAUCGUGACUUUAGUAAAGCAGUACAACUGUCUGUGUAGACCAACCGGAUGGAAGAGAGAAAAUUGCUGAUCUGAAGCAGUGUUCGUUAGAAGUCAUGUCCAGCAGAGGGCCCUCUUACCAGGUCCUCACUGUACCAUUGAAAAAAAUCACCCCCUCCUCUCAUCUCCUAGUCAGGACCUGGGCAUCCUGCAGGGAAGCCACUCAGAGACUCAGCUCCCCUCAACUGCACAACCAUGUGAAUCAGCAGACACGCAGCAAGGACUAAAGGGUUGUUUGCCUUUGGAAUCCUCCUCAGCAGAGGCAAGUGAAACAAAGCAAUUGAGCCUUCUGCAUUUUAAGCCAGAUCCUCUCAGGUUCAUGUGCCAUUUCCCUCGAGGUAGGUGAGCCAGGGGCAAGUGGGGGAAAAAAGUCAACCAGCUAACUCCCGUGGUGAAGGAAGAUUAUUCCCACCCUCGCCCCCGCAAACUUAAAUGUGAGGGUGAGAGGAACUGCAAAUAUCUUCUGGUCCUGGGGCCGCUUGCCACUUUCACUAGUGUGGGGCGCAGGAAGAAAUGUGGCUUGAUGGAGGCCACCAGCACCUUGCAUAGAGGAGCCUGCAGCAUCUCCUGGGCUGGUGUGUGCAGUUCUGGGAGAGCAGAGCACAUGUGCACAUAUUAGCAGAAGAAGAGCCACAUCUUCUCCAGAAUUCCCUCCUCUCCUCCCCUUCCUCUUAUUGCUUUACAGUAACCCAGAAGACGUAUCAAUCUUUUCUAGCCUGGGAUUAUAGUCGCAAGAGCUGCUGGCAUGAAGCUUUUCCUCAUUAUUCUGCCUUCUCUUUUCCAAGCUGUUACAAAGUCUCUUCUGGUUCAUUCCAGGCUGGAUAGCUAUGCCUGCCCUUUGGGACAGUUCCCCUGUGGCAACCUGUCUGUCUGUUUACCCCAGCUCCUGCACUGCAAUGGAGAGAAGGACUGCGACAACGGAGCUGAUGAAGAGAACUGCGUGGAUAAUAGCGGGUGGCUGCAGAUCUUCGAUGACAUGCAGCAGACCAAGGGCAGCAGAGCCACUGAGGAAGAGAAGACCCCAGUCUGUGUGCUUGACCGGUUCCCAGAGAAAUGCCAGUGCCGGGGAAGGACGAUAGACUGCGCCGGCCAGAACUUGCGCACUGUCCCCUGGGUUUCCUCCAACGUGACGAAGCUCCUCUUACAGCACAACGAAAUCCAGUCAAUACUGCCCUAUGCUUUUGCUGGACUUUCCAAGCUUAAAAUGCUGUUCCUGAGUCACAAUAACAUCACUGAGCUGAAGCCAAGAGUCUUCCAGGAUCUGCGUCAUCUUGAAUGGCUAAUGCUGGAUAACAACAGAAUUGCCAAGAUCCUCCCAGCGACUUUUGUGGGGUUGAAAUCUCUGUACUUCCUGUACAUGCUGAACAACUCCUUGAGUAGCAUGCCCAACACUUCCAUAUGUGCAGAGAUGCCAAAGCUCAGCUGGCUGGAGCUGGAAGGAAACCAGAUCCAUGCUCUGAGAAGCUCAGUGUUCCAGGAAUGCAGCACCUUCACUGUGCUGAUUCUGCGCAGAAACAAGAUCAAAUGGAUCCAGGAAGGGGCGUUUUCCAAACUGAACAGACUGGUGGAGCUUGACCUGUCUAACAAUAGACUGGAGGAACUUCCACCAUCUUUAUUGAGUAACCUGCAAGACCUCCAGCAGCUGAAUAUUUCCUACAACCCCCUGAGGCAGAUCUUUGCCGACCAAUUUGACAGCCUGCCCCACCUGCGCUCUCUGAGUAUUGAAGGUCUGGAGAUCCCCAAUGUCCAGAUCCGCAUGUUCCAGAAACUCACCAAUCUGUCUCACAUCUACUUUAAGAAGUUCCAGUAUUGCAGCUACUCUCCGCACGUGCGCAGCUGCAAGCCCAACACUGACGGCAUCUCCUCCUUCGAGAACCUCCUGGCCAACGUCAUCCUCAGGGUCUUUGUCUGGGUCAUUGCAUGUGUCACCUGCUUUGGGAACCUCUUUGUCAUCUUCAUGAGGUCCUUCAUUGUCAUGGAGAACAGCCAGCACACCAUGGCCAUCAAAUCACUCUGCUGUGCAGAUUGUCUGAUGGGAAUCUAUCUCUUCUUCAUUGGAGCCUUUGAUCUCAAGUUCUCCGGUGAGUACAACAAGCACGCCCAGGUGUGGAUGGCGAGCAUUCAAUGCCAGCUGGUAGGCAGCCUGGCCAUGCUAUCCUCGGAGGUGUCUGUCCUGCUGCUGACGUACAUGACCCUGGAGAAGUACCUCUGCAUCGUCUUCCCGUUCAGCCAUUAUGGGGCAGGCAAGAAGCAGACCCUCUCCAUGCUGGUCAUCAUCUGGUUGUUGGGCUUUUCUCUGACUCUCGUCCCCUUCUGGUGCAAGGAGUCCUUUGGGGACUACUAUGGGAGGAAUGGGAUGUGUUUCCCACUCCAGUCCAACGAGACCGAGAGACCAGGAGCCAGGGGCUACUCCACCGGGAUAUUUCUGGGUCUGAACCUCAUUGCCUUCGUCACCAUCGUGUUCGCCUACACCAGCAUGUUCUACUCCAUCCACACCACAGCCACCAAGACGGCUGAGCGCAGUGUCUUCUCCAGGGAAGUGGCCAUUGCCAAGAGAUUCUUCUUCAUCGUCUUCACUGAUGCCCUCUGCUGGAUCCCCAUCUUCCUCCUGAAGCUUCUCUCCCUGCUGCAAGUGGAAAUACCAGACACCGUGACGUCUUGGGUAGUCAUUUUCAUCCUGCCCAUCAACAGUGCCUUGAACCCCAUUCUGUACACCAUCACCACCACCCCCUUCCAGGAGAAGCUCAAGCUGUGUGUACAGAAGAAGCAGCUGCAGCAGUUGUCACUUCAUGACCCAGAAGAGUCCAGAAACAGCUUUACCCUGGUAUCCAUACACACCAGCAGCUCCUGACAGUCCCCAGCAGCUUAGCCUGGGAUUGGUGAAAGGCCUCACUGCUUCAUGCAUGUAACUAUGAAGGACCAUGUCUGUGUCCUCCCCAGAAGCCUCCCCUGGCUGGUUCAUUACCCACCUCAAUGAUAGCCACCGUGGGGGCAGAAGAUGCCAAAGGGGAGCUGCCACCACUUUCCAAGUGCUAGUCAUCUCAGCCAGAUCUUGACCAGGGAGGGAACGCCACUCCUAGCUGCAGCAGCAGUGACUGGUGUUGUAUAGAGGGCUACAGAUGAAAUGGUCACAGGCAGCAGACGGGGCCUGAACUCUGCUCGUCUGCCCCGCGCUUGAAAGCACUGGAAUGCUGCCUGCCCCAUGCAGUCUCAUUGCUGUGUGCCAGCACUUUGGGGCUGUGGGUUUAGCUGAUGCUGAUUCAGCACAAGGAUUAACCAGCUGCUGUGGAAGUUGUAGGAUGUUGUAUUUCAUCCUAACCCUCUGUCUCUGUUGCAUGGUCCCUGUAGCUCCCAGCCCCUUCGCCCUGGAGAGAAGCCACAGGGGCAGCUGCUGCAGCAGCCUUUGGAACCGCCGCCCCCACUGCAGAGUCCCAGAGAGGUGUUUUCUGCAUUGCUGGAAGCAAGUCUGGGUCCAGGGGAAGGAAGGUGGGAUGUGAAGCCUUCAGUGCUUUGAUUUGGGGCCAGAGGCAGCUAGAGCAGAUGCCAGCCUGAUCCUGGCGAAAGUUGUGGGCCACUGGUUCUGCCAUGUGGAGUGAUGAACUAUUGAGGCCGCCCUCAGCCCUUUGGGAAGCCUUGGCUGUGGGACCCAGGCAGCAGCUGCUAUUGUGGGUGAAAUGCUGCAGAAGGAAAGGGAGGUGGUGCUGUCCCCGAUACUUCCUACACCACCCUGACCGCUAGGCCGCUGUGUUCAGGGCAGGUGUCUCCAUUCAGGGCCUGCUCCCCCAGCCACCACGUUCAGCAGGGAUUCAUGGCCAUACCCUGUUCUCCAGUCACACCUGCGCUCGCGCCUUUAGAAAAUGAAUCCUCGCAACUAGGCACCAACUCCCCAGGGCUAAUGCAGCCUGUGCCCCAAACCAUUCCUAGGGAACUGCUGCCAGCAGUAAAAUAGCAACCCGGGGGCCGGUUGUUGUUCCUUCCCUAGCCUCUGCUGCUCUCUCAUUUACUCCUGGGAAGGAGGCAAGAAUUGCCCUUCUCCAGAGGGUGGCUGGGCUCUGCCUUGGCAAUAGCCAUACGCUGCGUGGGCUGGCUAACCCCACCCCCAAUGCCAGGUGAGAUUAAGCUGGCAGGGCAUACCACCCCGAGCUCCACUGGUGGCCUAGAGCUCCACCGGUGGCCUAGAGCCAGUGGAGUUUGUUUCAGCCGCACCCAGGGCCGGAGUUACUGAUGUCCCCCGUUUGGUUUUGGAAUGAUCCCAAUGCUGGAGCAGCAGGUUCUUGGGGCAUGGCUCGCUCUGCGGUGGGGUGGGGAAAGGGAACAGAGCAAGGGAUUGAAAGUUAACAGCCCUCAGCCCACUGGGGUUCUCUUUGGGCACAGCCUUAGGACUACAGCAUGCUGCACAUUGUGACUAUUGCCUGGAGUCCCAAGGGAGCCACCUCCAUGUGCGUUACCCCGUGCCUUGGGGUCUAUGAUGUGCACAGAACAGCGAGCAGGAGAGACGGGCUGUGCCUCUAUUCUCAGGGAACCCAGAAACCAUCUGCCCUAGUUUUGCCUGUUGGAUGCCACAGCUCCUUUGGGAGGAGCUAGCAUCUGGUUGAAGCCAAGGCACUUGCAGCUGCAGGGUAGGAGCCCUGGGCAGGCGACCAGGUAGAUACCAAGUGCUGGUAAGAGGGAGGAGGAAAGAAAAGGGGGUCGGGGAGAGUGCAUCAGAAAUGCCGCUUAAUGACACUGUGGUUCUUCUGGAGGGCUAUGUUCAUACACAUCUUGUGCUAAGCGAGGGGGGCAGCUGUGAGCAACACUGCAGGGCUCCAGAUUGGUACCCUCUGGGUUUUUAGCCUCUCUGUGAGCUCAAUGAGAUGCUGCAUUAGCUGCCAAGAACAGUGGGGCUUUGAGAGAAUGAGAUUAACACAUGGAGGCCUUAAACUGACAGGCCGACCCACCCCUUGAGGCAUGGAUAUGACCAUUUAAUGCACUGCUUGCCAGUCUGUCCUCUGCUCCUAACUCCUUUCAGCCCUCCUGUGAGGCCAGCAGUUCAGAUAACACCAGCCUCGUUCCUGGGAGCGUACUGGCAGCCUGGGCCCAUAAGGAAUUUCCAUUGCUUAGCAAACACACUGCCUACUCCAUCAGUCCACCCUGGGGUUCUUGCUAUCAGUUGGUGCUGAUCAGAGCCUGAUGCUGAGCCAGGCAGGGAAUCUGGAGGAAGGACAACCCAGCCUGUGCCAGCAGCUCAGAGGAAUAGAAAGGAAGCCUGGCCAUUUAUACUCUGGGGCCAGAGGGAAAGUCAAUGGGGGAGAUCAGAUUGUUUGGAAGCAACGGGAAGGGUCCUCUGAUGGGUGUGAAGCUAACUUGUGUGAGACCCAUAGCAACUGACCCGCAAAUGCAGCAAUAAUAAUAAUAGCUCUUGUCCAUUUCUUUUUUCCUUCUACAUGCUUUACAAAACGCCAAUGAAUUACACACUGUGCCUCAUUCUGUCAUGACACGCGGCUGUGGUCAGGAGGCUUCACACCCCCGCUCUACUGCCCUGGAACCUGUGUCAGACCGGUGCUGGGUGAGAAGGAAGCACAGACCUCAGCAGUCAGGGUCCAUCAAGGUUUCAUCAUCAGCCAGUGGAUGCCAUUAGUACUUUAUUAUUACACGGCAGGGAAAUCGCAGCCCCCUUUGGAGUCAGACAAUCUGCAGCGGCUGCAUCUGAUACAAAAAAGAAGUCCCUUAAAUAGAAAACACACAUCGUCCUGGUGUUCAUCACCUAGCACCAAGCUCUUACCGCCUGAGUUAUAUAUUAAUAUUCCAACUGUACAGUAUUUAUAGAUAGAAAAUGAAACAUAAAAAAAUGAGGCAAGAAUCAGUCCCAAACAUUAGUUAUACAAAACCAAACACAAACAGAAUACAGCUGGUGUGCACUAGAAAGAGGGAAAGUUUGUUACUGGGGAAACUGACAAUUUCUACUGCCAGUGGGUUUUGUUGCCUUCCAAUUGGAACAAUGUCGAGUUGUUUGGGUCUCUGGUUAAAAAAGAAACCCUGUCAAGUGCAUGUCAUGGUCAGAUUAUUUGCGAGUUUGGAGGGAAAGUGGGGGAGUGACACAAUCACAGAAGUUGGAUCCUUGGAUCAAGAGUUAUGGUGUUGCCUUCCCCUCCCCUCUGCAGUGCAGCGAGCACUGCUUCUCUGGGGGGAGGGAACUAAGGGGAGAUCAAGUGUCCAUAACAAUGUGAGCAAACUAGAUUGUACUAACCCAAUCCCUGCCCAUCUGGUUGACUAAAAUGGCACUAAUGGCCAACGCUAUUAAACCUCCCCUGCAUCCAGGCUAUAGUUUGCCAGCAGGAUGAUACAUUUUUAGGGUAUCUUCGUGUAAUGGAGGGGGUGUUCUUCACCUCCCCCACACCACAAGACAAAUGGAACUCUGACCCUGGGAGUACCUUGAUGCUUACUAAACCCAGCCAAAGGGGGAUCAGGGAGCUGCACUGUGCCAUUUUGGUCUCACCCCCAGCUUUUUAAUGGCAACCCUCCGUGUACAGCUGACACACAGAUACAAGGACAAGGGUGCAAGCUUUGGAAUUUGGACUCAUCAAACUCAGAUCUGAUCCAAUUCAUUAAAAUGAACGGCUAAGCUCCCACUGGAUUCAAUGGGGAUUAGGACUGGGCCCCUGAUUAGCAAAACAUUUGCAUCCUCAUUCAUCGGUCCACAUGGCCCUGUGCUAAAAACAGGGGUGCUAGAGAUUCCCUGUGUCUGAUCAAGUAGAAAGCACUGACCUGGAGUUCCUUCCCCAGUGAAAUUCAGCACCCAGAGUAAAAUAGCUUCCUUUUUGCCAUUCAACACAUGGCAGUCAUUAAUUAUAAACCAAUAUAACAACAGCAUCCAUCUGACAUUAACCAGCUCCUCAGACUAUGAUUGCCUGUGCGCCACACUGCUAGGUACAGCUCACAUGCACUGUAACAUCCCCAGCAGACGCUCCUCCAGACACCACACAUGGCCAUACAGACACUGCACCAGCUCCACUGUCUCUCACUUCUCCUACACGUCAGCAUCAUCCUUGGUCACUUCAAGCACCAUGACUCUUAUGGCUGAGUCCAGUCCCUGGGCUGAGAGGGUGAGCCCAUGGUCAGUUUGGCAAAGGGGGUUAAUGGGUCUGACUCUGGUCCAGUUGCUUCACGGCUCAGCCUGCUGUAUGGACUCCCCAGCCCCACUCUCCCCAUGGCGGGCGGGCGAUUGCUGGAGAGAGCUGUCCCACAAGCAGCACACUGGUUCAUUUCUGCAAAGCUGCUCUUUAGAGCUUUAGGGAGGAGACUCGCUGCCUUCCAACCAGCAAUGGGCAUUCUGGAAGCAGGAAAUGAUGGCUUCCGUUUGACCCCUGGUGCCCAGGAGGGCAUGUUGCUGGGCACAACUCUGAAGAUCUGGUGUGUAAGAGGAAAGGGAUCACA